AUGGGUCAGAAGCCUCGCUACUGCGAGGUCAAUGGGGUUAAGAUGCUCAAAGGGCAGCUUGUCUCACCGCAUGCUCCCGGUGAUGAUGGCUUCACAUAUUGGGGCUACACUGUUCGCAUCGCCCCAGGCUUCGAGGAUGCCUUCUCGCAGUGCCCGUCCACAGGAGGUUACGAUUUGAAGAUUGGGACGUCAGAGCACGGGGAUGUGGUGCCUGUGGCCCAGUUGCAGCUCCCAGCAUUCAAGCACCUCAUUGUGGGAUUUGGGGGACCUCAGGGACUGGAGCGCUGCUGUGAAACGGAUGUCAGAUGCCAAGGCAAGAGACCAGAGGACUUCUUCGAUAUGUACCUGAACACUUGCCCAAAGCAGGGUAGCAGAACAAUAAGGACAGAGGAGGCCAUGUGGAUAUCGCUGGCAUACAUCAGCCACUCGCUUGCAUCCCAAGAUCCCCACACAGCAUGA